CAGUGCAGACGCAGCAAGAAGAACAAAAAGAAAAAUGUCUGAUCAUCUUCCUCAAGAAUUGCUCGAGGAAAUUUUGUCAAGAUUGCCAGUGAAAUCAAUCCUCAUAUGCAGAUGCGUUUCCAAGACUUGGUAUUCUUUAAUCACCAACCCUUCUUUCAUAGCCCACCAUCUCAAGAAAACCGCUGCAAGAAACAGUGGCCUUCUUUUCUUUAGUUACUGCAAAACAGAACCUUGUCCGCCAUUUAGAAAAAAUGAGAGUUAUUUGCUAUACCCAGAUGAGUUGUUUGCAAACCCUGUUGAAGAACUUGAUUGCCCAUGUAAAGGCUUCAAGGGUUUGUUUGAUAUAGUGGGUUCUUGUAAUGGGGUCUUUUGUCUAUCUUAUGGUUAUUAUGCACCAGCUUUAUGGAACCCUAGCGUUAGAAAGAUUGUUAACAUUCCUCGUCCUAAUGUUACGUUUACCUCACAUGGAUUCCAUAAACACUCACAUGGGUUUGGCUUUGAUUCCUCUACUGGUGAUUAUAAGCUUGUGAGAAUAGUGUAUUUGCCAGAUAGUAAUUUUAACUUUGAUAAGAUUCCGCCUUUGGUUGAGAUUUACAGUUUGAGAAGUAGGGGUUGGAGAAAGGUUGAUAAUGAUCUGAAAUGUGUCAUCCCUGAUUUCUCAACGUCCGCUUUUCUGAAUGGAACUUGUCAUUGGGUUGCCACUAAGCCGCCUAAUGGGCCUGGUGUAUGCGAUGCGAUUUUGUCGUUUUCUUUGGGAGAAGAGGUGUUUGGGGAAAUGGAGGUACCAGAUUGUUUGGCUAAGAAAUAUCACUAUAUUAAUGUUGCAGUUUCUGAUGGAUCACUUUUGCUGGUUGCUUUUACGGAAACGACUGAGGAACGCUGCUUUUCAGUCUGGAUGAUGAAAGAAUAUGGUGUUCCAGGAUCUUGGACCAAACUUUUCAAUAUUUCACAUUUGGCAAAUAUACGAAGGUUCAUUGCAUUUAGGCAAAGUGGUGAGGUUCUAUUGGUAAACAGAGGUGAAGAGCUAUUUUUCUAUGAUCCAAAGACAGAAGAAUUCUCGCAUACAGAAAUUUGGGGCACUCCAAGCUCAUUUUAUUUGGACACUUUAGUGGAGAGUCUUGUUUUACUCGAUGAACCAAAUGAAUUUGCAGAGGAGGAACCUUCUGAGGAUGAUGGCUCAAGUGGAGUUUCAAAUGAGAAUUCUUCUUCUCCUGAUGGCGUAGACAUGGACUUGCAGAAGAACAAUGAAGGGAACCAGAAUGCCAACAGUCCUAUUAAACUGAACGAAGCAAAUGAAAUAUUGGAGGAGGUUGCAUCUACUUGUAAUUCACAGAUGGCAAUUGAUAAAGCAAAUGAAGAAGCAUAGGGAAAGUCCAUUUCUACAGAAUGAAGCAAAUGAUGUCUUGGGGAGGAUGAUUCUGCUGCGCACAUUUAACAAAUUCCAGCAACUGAAUGUUCUAGUAAAUGGUCUUCUUAUGCUAGUUUGGACCAGAAGUAGCAAUACCGUACCUACGCUUAGUGGAGCAUUUAUCGAGUCUUUGUCAUUGCAAAUUUAGUUCUAGCAUUACAUUUUAAUAUCAAAUUUUAAACAUAGC